CCGUCAAUAUAAUAAAGUAGUGCGUAAACAACCGGCUUUGUCAUUACACGCGUCCUCGGACACACUACUGGCGACGAGCUUUACGUAUACCCACACGUGACGAAAAAAAAAAAAUGUUCGGGACGUCUUCUUUAAGUGUUUUGUCGAGUUUUGAUCAUCAAAAUCAAGAUUGGAAGACGUAUAAGAGUAGAUUGCAGCAAUGGUGCAUAGCUAACGGCAUCGAUGAGCAGUCUGAUAAAGCCGGAAUCAAGAGAAGAGCAGUACUCCUCAGCGCACUCACAGAGAGUACCUACCAGCUCGCAAGCAACUUAGCGUUACCCGACGAUAUUGCGACAAAGAGCUAUGAAAGCAUUUUAGGUAUUUUAGAUGAACACUUUAUUCCAAAGCGGUGCGGAUUCGCAGAGCGGUAUAAUUUUUACGCAGCGAUGCAGCAAAAUGGUGAAACUCAUGGGCAAUGGGCCGCACGCUUGCGAGGUCUGGCCGCACACUGCGCUUUCAAAAACCUAGAAGAAUCUCUGCUAGAUAAAUUCGUCAUGGGAAUGUUGCGAGGACCCGAGCGAGAAAGGCUUUUUGCACAAGAAAUCAGAGAGCUGACGUUGAGUAAAGCUGUGGAGCUGGCAGAGAGCGUGCGGUGCGCACGAGAAGGUGCAGCUGCAGCGGUAGUGCCGGAAACAUCCGGUCGGGAAGGCGUUUUCAAGAUUGCCCAACAAGCAAAAGGGAGCGCGGACCGAACAGCCGGCGAAAAAUGCUUAGUAUGUGGUUACAAAAAUCACAAAACGUCAGAGUGCCGAUUUUCUAAAUUUAAGUGCAGAAUAUGUGAUCGUAAAGGUCAUCUCCGUAGAAUGUGCCCCAGGAACAAAGUGAAGCACUUGGAGCAAGGUAACGACGAUGACGAGGGCGAUGACGCGCAUCGAACACAGCUGACUUCUUAUCGCGGGCCCUACCCGUAGCAAAACCGGGUUCCGAAGGUGAGGAAGGCGUGCGGGACGAGGUAGCAGCGUACGAG